AUGAACCGACGCCUCUCUGCUUCUGAAAAAGGCAAAGGCCUGGAGAUGCCGAGUGAACCUCCUAGAGCCUCAAGAGUCAUGGUGCCACAUUUUGACCCCUCUGAGCUAAUUCACAACCAUAAGUUGAUUUUGGUGGGGCGUAUUACCAACCCUAAGAUCCAGAAGAUGUGGGCACUCUUACCCUUCUUAGCUGACCACUGGAAGGUAUCAUCCCGACCAAUAGGAGCUGACCUGGGACAAGGCAGAUUCCAGUUUCAGUUCAGCUCAGAAGAGGACUUACAAAAAAUUCUGGAUAACAGACCGUACCACUUCGCACACUGGAUGAUUAUCCUAUAA